GUGAUUGCAUUGAGAAUUGAAAUAUGGGUCUUUGUGCGUUCGAGUAAAUUGUUCCGCAGUCUAUCAAGCUGGGCAUUGUGACGUUUUCACGUGCUGAGUUCUUGUGAAAUGAUCCUGAUUGGAACGUGUAUUUGGAUAUAACAACCUAUGAUUUGAACAACAAAGUUGCAUGUCUCUUUUUUAAAAAAGUUUGUCGAACUGACAACAGACAAUCGCCUGUUCAUUCUUACAAGAAUGCAUGUAUGCACAUGGAGAGCCGGAGGAGAGGUUUGUGUCCGAAGCACCGAUAUGCCCACCAGUGUAGCAGCAGCAGUAGCAGCAGUGGUUUUCCCUCGGACCAGGCACGGCGGCCAUGGUCUUCAAUGCCUCGGUGGCUACGAUUUCUGUUCAUUGGUUUCAUGAUAUUGUUCGUGUUUCCCCAAAAGAUCCAGGCGACAGUUUAUAUGAUCAACCAGUGCGGACGAACUAUCCACUCAGCAGGCGAUAUCAUCUACUCACAAGGCGGGCUUUACUAUCCUCCAAAUACCAACUGUACGGUUACCAUAGCAACACCCACUGGCGAUGGUCGAGUGUUCUUACAGCUCCAUGAAAGUGAGUUAAAUUCAAAUGAAGAUUGCAAUGAUGACUACCUUGAGAUCGAUGACAUCAGUAAUGACAUCAAUACGAGGCGGAUCUGUGGCACGACGUCGCCCUUGGAAGUGAUUUCUGAGGGCUCCUUUCUCCGUCUUCAUCUGGUCUCUGAUGGGAUCGGGAAUGGGCGUGGCUGGUCUGGGGUUUUCACAAGCAUUCUGCCAGCAGAUAUCUCCCUCUGUCUAGGUUACGAUAGAUUCCAAUGCAGCAAUGGUCGUUGUAUACCUUCUGUUCUCCGAUGUGACUCGGUUAACCACUGUGGCGAUAGCUCUGAUGAAACAAUUGGAUGUGAAGAUGAGCUUCCAUAUUACCUUGGAGAUAGGGUGAUAAAGCAAAAUGAAGCUAUUUACAUCGGGCUCGCCAUCGGUUUCACUGCCAUCUUUGCCAUCUACUUCGCAACUGUUUGUACCCGGGACACAUGCAAACAAAUCAAACGCAGGGUGAAGAAAUUAACAACCAGGGAGCCGGAAGAGGACAAGGUCCCAACCGAAGACGAGUUUGAGGCAGAGCUUCGACAAGCACUAAUGGGUAGUCAAAUGUAUGAUAGACGAGUAAGCCAGCCUUAUGAUACUACCCUCAAUACCAUCACCGGCGGGGAGCUUGCCCGGCAGCUCAAGUUAGAACUUCGAAAGAUCCAGGAGAAUGGGACAGACCCCGGGUAUCGUCGGUCAAAUCCCCAGGCCGCAAUGCAAAAGUCCGUCAAUUACAGUUAUGACAAAAUUAAUAGCACUACCGAAUUGAUUCAUCUUAUCGAUAGGGAGAAUAAUAAUCAUUCCGACCAUGGUCGAGUCAAUAAUCACUACGUUGAAAGCCCUCAAAGUGAGCAUAGAGUAUCUUUUGAAUACAUUCCAAGCGUUGUAGUUAGUGAGGAUGGCGAUGAGAACAAAAAGGCAGUAUUGUAUGAUCCUGCUGAAGAUCUGUCCAAGGGUGUGCCUAGAAAUUCCUUGCAUGGUCUAUACAGGAAACGAUCAUCUAAAUCUAGUGUUUCAUCUAUUCCUGAAGAUCAAUUGCCUUCACAAUCAGGAGGAGAUCCUUCGACUGACCCUAGGAAGGUUGGAACGUCUUCCAGGUUUAGUGUUAAAGCAGUUCCUGAAGAUCAGUUGCAAUCAAACCCAGGCAAGGCAUCAAACUCAGAUCAAAGUCGCAGUAAAGGUAUUUCCCGUUUUAAAGUUAAGACAGUUCCUGAAGAUAUGUCGUCUAAAUCAGUACAGGGUGAUUCAUCCACUCCGGUAAAAUCCUCACCUUCUAGAACGAGGUUUAACGUGUCUAGGAUUCCUGAAGACAAAACCCAAGUACACCCCCAAAUUCAAAUAUCUAGUUCAACGCCUUCUUCGUCCAGAUUUAGUGUCAGUUCAGUUGAUGAGAGUGAACUGAGGAAGGGAGAGGCAAGAAGAGCUAGUGAUGUUCCUGAUGGAGAUAUCCCAGCAAAUAGAUAUCUCCAAGUGCCUUCACAUCGGAGAAGUUCCGCUGGUGUUGGAAGAACAGUAUCGUCUGUCUCAAAGCAAUCAUCGAGCCGCUUCGCCAUGCAACUUGUUGAAGACCCUCUUCAGGAUAAAGCAACUGAUUCAAAAGAUAGCAGCCUUAAAAAUGACUCAGAAAAAAGUACAGGGAUUGAUUCUGGUGUAAAAUCAGAUGAUGGCGAUAAAACGCCAGCACCUGCAAAGAAAAAUCCCAGUCGUUUCACAGUGCAGAAGGUAGAGGAAGAGCCAAAGGAUGCAGAGCCAAAGAAACUUAUAAGCAUUUUGAAGAAAUUUGAAACUCUACCUGAUGGCACUCGUUCGUACACCAAGCAAUCGAACCGUGAACGGUUUCGCAGAGCUAGCGAGGGUGCGUCCUUAGACAGUCCCGAUGGUGAGAACGAUCUACCUGCUUUACCAGCUACUGUCCAUGGGUUUACCAGCGUCAAAUUUUGGGACGAAAAACGUGGGACAUAUUCAUAUGUCUCUCAUCUAUGACAACACAGCAAUGCAUUAAUUGACUUUGAUUAUGUAUGACUUUGUUUGAUUUUUAACCAAUGUAGGGAAGUAGAUUUGUGUGUGACUAUACGGUAUAUCUUGGCCUCAAUAUUAGCCGAGUCAACAAGAGAUUUAGGUAAAUUGAAUGUGUCUAUUUAGGUAAGCAUGACACUUUAAACUCAAUAACUCCAAAACUAGGAGUGAAUUGGUUCGAUCGAGGCAGACACAUGAGCCAUACAAGUGUUCCAUCCUUUUGAAAGUUACAGCAUAUGAUUUUAAUGGAAAUAUGUCGUUCCUACACAAGUAUGACCUUUUAUUUUUGCUUAUCAAAUUUUCCUCCAGAACCCCCCCCCCCCCUUUGGAAAAUCCUGGAUCCUCCCCUGGAUACAAGAAUAUAUUUUGUCUUAAGGCAGUUUUCAGAAUAGUAUGGCCCCUGGAGAGUUGAUCAUUUUCAUGUCAUGGUUAUUAACUGCUCAGAUUCUUUUGGGUAAAUUCUAUUUUUCGUAUUCUACCAUUUUUUGUUUGCAUACCCAUAUUAAUGCAGAGAUAUGCUUUUCAGUCAUAGUAUUUGACCCAUUUAUAUGCUUUACUCUGAGAACUGUUCUUACAAAAGAUUGUUAACAAAAGUUUAUCAACGAAAGAUUGUUAACAAAGGCAAUGGGGACGUUUUGAUGAUGUGGUAAAUGGCAAGAUAAGGCAUUCUCUACAUUACAAUGGAAUUACAUUAUUCAUUUGGCCUGCUAGAAACUCCAUAAAGUAUUUGCCCUUUUUAAUAAGAAAUUUAUCAUUUCUCUCACUUUGUUCAAACUCUCACCACUCUGCUUCUUAGAUAUUUUUUUAAAUUGUCACUUGGGCGAAUUCCCUUUAGACAUUUGACCUUGGAUUGAAGUUUGAAUGUGAUAUUUUGUCUAAUUUAUACGAUUGGUUAUAUUUAUUUACUUAUUCAAUUCUAAAUCAGAUGUACAUGUUUUUUUUUAUAUUAGGCCUAUACACUGUAUAUGUCUGAUUACAAUGAGAGAGUUGUUGUGUGUUCCUGUCGAUUUUAAAAACUAUUUCAAAAAAAAAAGUUUUGACCUGAAAGUUACUAACACGAUGGUAAUAUGGAGGAGUUGGAGACUGGUCAAAAGUUGCUGCUUUAAUCUGAAAUGACAAAGAUUUAAUUAUCAUAAAUGUAUUUAUAUUUAGUGGAAACAAUGAUAACAUUUGUGUUAUGACUUCAUACAGUAAUAAUUAUGAUUUAUAAUAAGCAAUACCUGCUGAUCAGAAUGAAAGCAUUUUUAUAAAUAAAUUAUUAAUUUAAAUUA